AUUGUCAGGAUGAGAGGUCUGCCAUUCAGUGUUAGGGAGGAGGACAUCCGAGAAUUCUUUUCCGGGCUCCUCGUUCGUCCACAUGGGAUCUUCUUCACUUCUUCAAGGGAUGGAAGGCCAACUGGGGAAGCGUUUGUCAUCUUCGAGAGGGACGAUGAGGGUGAAAAAGCGCUUUCCUUGGACCGCAAGCACAUGGGAACUCGUUACGUCGAAGUUUUCAAGUCCAACAAACCAGACCUGGUCCGCUUGUGUGCGGGCUGCGUUCCUGCAGUUGCCCCUUCCAUGCCUCCUUCCCUUCCUCCUUCUCUUCCUCCUCAUCCUCAUCCUCAUUCUCAUCCUAUGCCUGGCUCUCUUGCCGCAAAAGACCUGGUGGUGAAGGUGAGGGGGCUGCCUUACAGCGCCAAGGAAGCAGACGUCUUUGAUUUCUUCUGCUCCUCCAACGUCAGGCCGAGUGGCGUGAACCUUAUUCAGAACGCGCGAGGGGAGAGCAGCGGGGAUGCAUACGUGGAGCUUGGGAGCGAGGAGGAAGUCAUGCGCGCGCUCGCUCUCCAUCGUUCCAACUUCGGCCAUCGAUACCUCGAGAUCUUCAGGACCAGCCGAGCUGAAGUC